CCUUCUGUGUGCCUCUCACCUGGCUGAACACUCACAGCAAUUCUUCUUUAGAACUCAGCAUCAAUUAUUUAAUGGGGGGAUUUGAUACAAUGAGUAACUGUGUAUUUUUUCCUCGAGUUGUCAUUGAAGAUAAUUUUUUUUUUUUUAAAAAUCAAGAAAAUGUAACUUGUCUUAUUCGGGCAAUCAUAAUCUUAACGCCGAGUAUUUUUGUUUUGUUUUGUUUUAAUCCAGCGAAGCAGCCCUUCCCUUAUGUGGCUGGAGUGGUUUGAUCCUCCGGCAGAGUCUUGUAAAUGAAUCGCCGAAUGAAGAUGGCGGAACAGUGAGGGCUGGAGUCUGGGUUCUUUUAAACUUCAUUUGUUUGUUUGAUUUGUUUUAAGAUAAUUUGGAAGCUUGGAGAUUUUUCUGUGGGUGGCAUUUUUCAUUUGUUGGUUUGUUUUUAAACAAGACGAUCGCAGGUAAAGUGUACUGGAGGCUGAAACGGAACGGAAAUUUCCACUGCGACAGACGGGAGGGGGAGAGGGAGCCAUCGCCGUGGUCUUGCCUGGUCUUGCCUGCUUUUAACAGGUGUGUUAUAUUACUGCUCCUGGAAUAAGACACUGCUGAAGGACAGUGACCUCCUCCGCCCACCCCGAGGAAACCAACCAAUCACAGCAUGGCUGAUCACAGGACAGGGGCAGCAGCAGCUCUGGAGUGCUGAAGAGAAGAACUAGAAGAAAGACAUGCUUGGAGAGAAAGAAGGAACACAAAUCUGUGCUCUUUAGAACACAGAGAGCGAGAGAGAGAGAGAGGAGGAGUGUGACGGGACAAUCAAUCCUUAGUGUGUCCGAGAGGCGGAGAGAGGAGCUGGCAACAGGCACUGUGAGGAAAGGGAGAGUUGAGACUGUGAUUGAAAGAACAGACUAGCUUCUGAUCCUUAACUGUGUGGGAGAAGAAUUGAUAGUGAGUUUGUGGUAAAUUACAGGUGGGCGAGGGGGGGGCGAGUGAGCCUGUGUGUGUGUGUGUCUGCAGGUGGCAGUGACAACAGCAAGCAGAGAGAGAGGCUAUGGGUGCCAUGGUGACCUAGAGUAAAUGGCCCUUCCUCUGUUGAGCUUGUUGCCAGUGUCUGCUGCUUACCCCUCCCCUCUCUCUCUCUACCUGCUCCUCCUGUUCCCUCCUCCUUCUCCUGCCCUGCCUCUUGUCCCCCUGCUGUCGCCGCCGCUAUGCUGUGGGUCUGGAAGUCUGUGCGUAGCCUUCGGCAGCUUGAGCUGCACCGUCUGAUCUUGGCCCUGAUUGUCUUCAGCCUGCUUUCCAUGUGCUUCCUGGCUUAUUAUGUCAGCAGCAGCCCCAAGAUCAAAGAGGCGCCCCCUCUUCCCUUCAGCGACUGCGGGGCAGGAGGAGGACCAGAGGGGGGGCAGAGAGCCCCCCUUUUAGUGCCCCUGCGGGCGGGACAGCGGCGCUUCGUGAAGACGGUGGACACGUCUCGCACGGACCCCAUGGUGCUGGUGUUCGUGGAGAGCCAGUACUCCCAGCUGGGCCAGGAGAUUGUGGCGAUGCUGGAGUCCAGCCGGUUCAAGUACCACACGGAGAUCGCCCCGGGGAAGGGGGACAUGCCCAUGCUGACGGAGAGGGGGCGUGGCCGCUACGCGCUGGUCAUCUACGAGAACGUGCUCAAAUACGUCAACCUGGACGCCUGGAACCGGGAGCUGUUGGACAAGUACUGUGCCGAUUUCGGCGUGGGAAUGAUCGGCUUCUUCAAGGCAAACGAGAACUCGCUGCUCAGCGCCCAGCUCAAGGGCUUCCCGCUCUUCCUGCACUCUAACCUGGGGCUGCGUGACUACCGCAUCAACCCUGCCGCACCGCUGCUCUACGUAACACGUGCCAACGAGGUGGAGCAGGGGCCCCUGCCCGGAGAUGACUGGACCGUCUUCCAGUCCAACCACAGUACCUACGAGCCCGUACUGCUGGCCAGCACCAAGUCCUCGGAGGCGGUGGCUCAACUGAGCGAGCACCGGGCCGAGCAUGCCACCGUGGUGCAGGACCUGGGGCUACACGACGGCAUCCAACGUGUCUUCUUCGGGAACAACCUGGCCUUCUGGCUGCACAAGCUGGUUUUCAUCGACGCCAUCGCACACCUGACAGGACGCAGGCUCUGCCUCCCCCUUGACCGCUACCUGCUCGUCGACAUCGACGACAUCUUCGUGGGCAAGGAGGGCACGCGCAUGAAGGUGUCGGACGUGGAGGCACUCCUGAACACCCAGAACAAACUGAGAGCGCUGGUCCCCGACUUCACCUUUAACCUGGGCUUCUCGGGGAAGUUCCAUCACACAGGCACGGACGAGGAGGAUAUCGGGGAUGACAUGCUGCUGCGGCACAGGAAGGAGUUUUGGUGGUUCCCUCACAUGUGGAGCCACAUGCAGCCACAUCUGUUCCACAACGUGAGCGUGCUCGCCGAGCAGAUGAGGCUCAACAAGCUCUUUGCUCAGGAGCACGGGAUCCCCACAGAUCUAGGGUACGCGGUGGCACCCCAUCAUUCAGGGGUGUACCCCGUUCACAGCCAGCUCUACGAAGCCUGGAAGUCUGUGUGGGGGAUCCAGGUGACGAGCACUGAGGAGUACCCUCACCUGAGACCGGCGCGAUACCGCAGGGGGUUCAUUCACAACGGCAUCCAGGUGUUGCCCAGACAGACCUGUGGCCUCUUCACUCACACCAUCUUCUACAACGAGUACCCAGGGGGCUCCCGAGAGCUGGACAAGAGCAUCCGUGGAGGGGAACUGUUCCUGACGGUGUUGCUCAACCCGGUCAGCAUCUUCAUGACCCAUCUCUCUAACUAUGGGAACGACCGGCUGGGGCUGUACACCUUUGAGUCGUUGGUGAAGUUCGUCCAGUGCUGGACUAACCUGCACCUGCAGACCCUGCCUCCCAAGCAGCUGGCUGACCAGUACUUCCAAAUCUUCCCUGAAGAGAGAGACCCCCUGUGGCAGAACCCCUGCGAUGACAAGCGACACAAAGACAUCUGGUCCAAAGAGAAGACCUGCGACAGGCUGCCCAAGUUCCUGGUGAUCGGACCACAAAAGACCGGUACGACAGCUUUGCACUUCUUCCUCUCUCUGCACCCAGCGCUCACCAGUAACUUCCCGAGCCCAGUCACCUUUGAGGAGAUCCAGUUCUUCAACGGGCCCAACUACCACCGUGGCAUCGACUGGUACAUGGACUUCUUCCCCUUCCCCUCCAACGCCAGCACGGACUUCCUGUUUGAGAAGAGCGCAAAUUACUUUGACACGGAGCCGGUCCCUCGCCGUGCUGCCUCUCUGCUGCCGCGAGCCAAGAUCAUCGCAGUGAUCAUCAACCCAGCUGAGCGUGCUCACUCCUGGUACCAGCACCAGCGGGCUCACCAGGACCCUGUGGCUCUGAACUACACCUUCCAGCAGGUGGUGCGUGCCCCCCCCAGCGCCCCGUCCCAGCUACGAGCCCUGCAGAGCCGCUGCCUCUCCCCGGGGGCCUACGCAGCUCACCUGGAUAGGUGGCUCCAGUACUACCCCCCCGGCCAGCUCCUGCUGGUGGACGGUGCCAAGCUGCGUUUGAAGCCGGUGUCUGUGCUGGAUGGGGUGCAAAGAUUCCUGGGGGUGAGCCCCCUAUUCAACUACACACAGGCACUGACGUUCGAUGACAGUAAGGGGUUCUGGUGCCAGCGCCUCGAAGCGGGUCGGACCCGGUGUCUGGGGAAGAGCAAGGGCCGGAAAUACCCGGACCUGGAGCCCGAGACCCGCUCCUUCCUAUCGGAGUAUUACCACGAUCACAACAUGGCGCUGCUCAAGCUGCUCAACAGGCUGGGUCAGGCCAUCCCUGUGUGGCUCAGAGAGGAGCUGCAGAGCAGCAGCUGGAGCUGAAAGAACCGGAACUGGACCUCCAGACAGAGCCAGAGCCGGGCCAGGCGAGCAAACAGGGAGGGGGAGCACAAAGACCAGUAACGACAGAAAAAACCCAGAGAGAUGCAGAGAAACAUGGAACAAGGGCACAUACACCCCACUACCACGGGUCUCGCAUGACGUCUUUAACAUGUUCCUGCGUGAACGGUCUCUCAUCGCACACGCCCGAUCGCUCGCUCGCUCGCUCCUCCUCCCUGGUGUUCUUUGCUCUGUGGGGAACUCGUUGUCCACGGAAGCAGUAUCCGAGCUGCUGUUAAACCUGUACAGACACUUUGUAUUUUUAAAGUGCAGCAUGUGACUUAAGGAUGCCUGAACGGAGACUUAAACACAAAGGGACACCCAUGAAGUAUAACCCCCCUCUCUCCAGUACCCCUUUCUGUCUUUCAUUUGUUUUUUAUUUUAAAUUUUUUUAAACAAAACCUAAGGCUAUGCACCAAUUUUUUGUGUUUGAAAGCUGUUGUAUGUAAUCAUUUUUAUUUAUUUUCUUUUUUUUUUUGUUAAAUGAGACAUUUCGAAUAAUAAAGGACACGUUGCUAUUACUGAUUUUAAACACGAACCCAGAGGAGGAUUGGCAGUGUGUGUGGAUGGGAGGGAGAUGCACAGGCUCCAGGAUCCUAGCUGCUUUUAUUUAUCCCAGGACUGUCUAGACACGAAGGCCCUGUCCCUUGCCAAAACCAGGCUGAAACAUGCCAAACCAGACCCACCCAGGCCAACCUUGCUGGGCACUGUUGCUGGUAACUGCUGUUUUCUCAAGGACUGCCACGGAACUAGAAACUGCAUCUGAGAAUUUUAAUUUCAAACAGCAGCAGCCAUUUGGGAGAUUUGAAAACUGUAUAUCUGGUUAUCUCUCUAACUGAAUACAAACAGACAAGUGUUGAGACAGGCUGCCUGACUGAUUUAGGACUUGUUAUUUUGGGGGGGGGGGGGGUCCUUCCUAAUAUUAUAAGCUGCUCUUUUUUUUUUGUUUUGGAGGAACAAAAAAGGGUUUUUAAAAAGGUAGAACCACCACACCAAUGUCAUCUAAUACAUCUCUGCAGUGUUUUGGGAGGUGUAUCGGAGACGAUUCUGUACAGCGACGCUUUGCUGUCUGUUUGUUGUUUUAUUUUAAUUUGUUAUAUUUAUUUAUCCCUACACGUCUCCCAAAACAUACAGUCGUGCCAGCUUCCCAGAAAUUGGGGUCAAAAUUGAGGUUAUUAAUAUGAAACCACUACAGCCACCUGUCCCCCCAGAUUGGAACCCAGGCCUUCAGAGGCAUUAACAUUGACCUGCUACGCCACCUAGCCCCUGCACGACCCUGACUGUAUGACCCCCUGCACACCAUGCGGCCGUGCCUUUACAAGGGGAGACUGUGGGGACCUGUUUGUUUCUUGUAUCUUUCACUGUAUUCAUUACCCAAAGGACACUGCCCAACUCUGUCUGCCAUUAUGCCAAAAGAAAUGCAGUGACAUCCAGAGCAACACAAAGGCACAGCACUGGUGCUCUCUGGAUAAGAGGAAAGAAACACAUUGAUUAAUAAACACCAGAGUUGCGUUUCA